AGUGAAUCUACAGAUUUCAAGAAUGUGAUGGCGGCCUCGUGUCAAUCCAACCAUUCCCGAAGGGAAGAAGCACUCACCAACGUACUCCUAAAGAACUUGAACUCAUCAUGAUCUCCCACACGAGUUCUUUCAUCCCCUCCCUCCAGUACCAACCAUGACCAGUCCAACUCCGGCUUUGAUCGAUAGCAAGUCCAACCUGGCUCUCACAAAGAGCGACAACUCUAGUGGUGGCCUGCAAGCGUGGCUAACAGUUCUUGGCGGGUCUAUGAUACUCUUUUGCACCUUUGGCGCCGUGCAGUCAUUUGGCGUAUACCAGGCAUACUACUCUUCCCAUUACCUUUCGCAAUAUGUCGCAAGUGACAUCAGCUGGAUUGGUUCUGUGCAAACCUUCUUACUGUUUGCCGGAGGUUUACCCGCCGGAAAGCUGUUUGAUGAAGGGUACUUCCAUCACUGCAUAGGAGCGGGGUCGCUCAUUUACCUCUUCUCGAUAUUCAUGCUAUCGCUCGCCAAACCGCAUCAAUACUACCAAAUAUUCUUGGCACAAGGUAUUGGAAUGGGCAUUGGCAUGGGACUACUUUUCCUUCCGGCAAUAUCUGUCACAUCCCACUACUUCCGGCGGCGACGUGCUGCUGCUAUGGGUGUGGUUUUGGCUGGCUCGUCGCUCGGUGCCGUUAUCUAUUCUAUCAUGCUUAAUAAUUUGUUCAAUGGCAGUGCUGGGUUUGGAUGGGGAGUUAGGGCAGCUGGUUUCAUCGAUCUUGGACUCCUUGGAACCGCAAACUUGAUCAUGAAAACUCGUUUGCCCAGUCGGAGAGAGCGUCCGAAUGCGAAACCAGUCGAUAUCAAAGCAAUACUGUCCGACCUUGGAUUCUGGCUAUGUGUUAUUGGUGCCACAUUGACAUUCUGGGGCUUGUUUGUUCCAUUCUUCUAUCUCCAAGUCUUUUCAGAGGAUCAUGGACUGUCGAAGAACAUUGGCUUUUACGCAAUUCCCGUAAUGAACGCUGCUUCAAUAUUCGGAAGGACGAUCCCGAACUUUUUAGGCGACAUUAUUGGACCGUUUAAUGUGAUGAUCCCAUGCACUGUCAUAUCCGGAGGGAUAAUGUACCUCAUGUUCGCAGCCACAAACCUUGGCGGUACCAUUGCCUUUGGUAUCUUGUACGGUUUCUUCUCUGGUGGCUUCAUAUCCCUCAUCACUCCCGCUGCUGCAUCGUUUUCGAGAGACCUUAAUGAAAUUGGCACUCGCAUAGGCAUAACUUCCUUCGUCAUUGCCUUUGCACUCCUCACGGGCAAUCCCAUCGCUGGUGCAUUAGCUCAAGUUCAUGGUUCUUACAUCUGGUACAGACCACUCGUCUUUGCUUCUGUCGUCGUGUUGGCAGGUGCCGCCUGUCUCACCGCUUCGCGAUCCAUCCUAUCCAAGCGCAAGAACACCAACAUCUUAUGAUAACGAUUCCUACGCGAGCUCCCACGACAUGACUGGGAGUUCAGAUAACACUCGAGAACAAUUUUGAUGACCAGACUCGGACCACCUGACUGUACCAUACACGCCGCCAAGACGACUUUUACGGACCUUCUCAAAUUCUUGCCCCAGUCAGCUUGUAAUUGCGGGAUUAACAAAUAUCCUGCUAUCAUAUCUUGUCUUUUCAUGUAUAUCGAUACGCUUUUGAUGUAAUUCCAUGCCUUGUCAACAUAGCGUUUCUGAUAUGCUGAUGUUUUAUUCCGAUCACGUUCGAAGCCGAAGGUUGCAAAAUUUAUC